UGUCUACACCUCAAAAACCCAACAAACAAGUUGUCACACAGACUGACAGCCCCGAACAUGAAGCAUGUACUUAUGAAAGAUCAAAAGAUCACAGUCCAGGUAGUUAAUAACAGAGCUGCGAGAUUUUAAAGGAAACGGAGAUGAUCGUGUGACUGUGACAGAAAAGCUUUGAUGGAGCAUAUUUCACAUGUCCGACCGCUGGCUCUCCACGGCUUCUCCAUGGAUAACAGUGGUGCACACUACAAGGAUGCGCUUCGACUCGGACUGCCCUUCCACCUAGACGCUGCAUACCUCGACCCUGUGCAAGGCCACAGGUUACCCUACAGACGAUUCUCCUAUUUCCCCUUUCAUGGACCCCUCGGCGUGUAUGAUUACUCCUUCGAGCCUGCGUUCAUUCGGAAAAGGAACGAAAGGGAGCGGCAUCGAGUACGCUGCGUAAACGAAGGUUACGCGCGGCUUAGGGAGCAUCUGCCCCAGGAGCUUGAAGACAAACGGCUCAGCAAGGUGGAGACCCUGCGGGCAGCUAUUGACUAUAUCAAACACCUGCAGAGCCUGCUGGAUUUAAACGUGUCAGGGAUGGAGGUGUCACUUGAAGACGCGCGUAACCACGCGCCGCUGCCGCAGAGGACAGAGUGCCACGGCGACGGAGAAUGCAAAACUACUUACUAACUUUCACUGCUCUUCUCUGUGAUCUGCUGUACAUUCAUUAAUUUCUAAAGAAAGUAAAACGUGCUUUAUUAACCCAA